GACCGUUCGCGAACCAGGGAUAAUCAAGUCAUCGUUUGGUAUUUUGGUGCCUAUUUUUACGUUGUUACUUAUCCAGUAAGCACUUCUGUUACUUUUACUCUGUAAUUCCCUAUAUUUUUUUUCAAAAUAAGUCACUGUAAACCAAAUUUUAUGAAACACUCUGCAACCGGAAGUAGAAAUAUUCUGUGUUCGUCGUCACUUCGUGCUGUAUUAUAUUUUCCUCGAUUUGCUCUGCUGACAAGGGGUAUUUGUACGGCUCACCAGUGUGCCUCGGUAGUUCAGGAUCUGGAAUACACUGACUUACUUCUCGUUAUUGUCCCGGAAAGCCGAUUGAUGCAAUACUGAGAGGACAUCUGCUUUUGUAAUCGCCUUGUAUUUGAAUGUUUAUUUAUCGCAUCGCACCCGCAUAUCGCAUACCAAACAAACCUAUCUGAGGAUUGCACAACUUAACAGCAUGGAUCCAUUCCAGACGAUAACUUUAGUAGUUAAAGCACCUAAUCAGAGGAUUGCAGAUCAGACCGUGGAGUGUGCCGCUGGUUGGACGGUAAAGAAACUCAAAAACCACCUUUCAAACGUGUACCCAAGUAAACCGCAUGAAAAAGAUCAGAAAAUUAUAUAUUCUGGUAGACUCUUACAUGAUCAUUUGACUUUGAAGGACAUUUUACGACAGUAUGAAGAUACUGUAGCAUACACUGUUCAUUUAGUAUGUGCUACUGCCCUGGGUGGACCAUUGGACAUUGGUAACUCACAGAACACUGAUGGUCAGUCAAGCAAUGACGAUGGAACUACAUUACGUCAGAGGGUUGUUAUGAAUGCACAGAAUACAAUUCCGCAUCAACAGCCUCUUGGAAACUUGGGUGCUUUUUACUUGGCCCAGUUACAGCAGCAACAGCAGCAACAACAACAACAGCAGCAAUAUAAUAACAUGUACCUGACUCCAUACCAACAGCAGGUAUUAUGGAUGCAGCAAAUGUAUACACAGCAACACAUGGCACAAUACAUGCAGUACAUGAAUCAGAGUAAUAUGGUUCAAAACAUGGAGUCCCCAGUUGUUGAAGAAGCCCCAGCCAAUCAGAUUCCAAUUCCUCAACCGCCGGCUAAUGAGAAUCAAGCUAACAAUCAACCUGCCAAUCAGAACGUGCGCAUGAAUGCUGGUGUUGGUCCACCAAUGGAUGACGAAGAAGAACAGUUUAAUCGUGAUUGGUUGGAUUGGGUUUAUGUUUUGUCUCGAUUUUCUUUGCUGCUUAGUAUAGUUUAUUUCUAUUCAUCUAUUGAUCGAUUCUUGUUGGUUAUGGGAUUUGUCGCAAUCAUGUACCUAUACCAAGGAGGCUGGUUCAGAGUAAGGCGUAGACAGAUUCGUCGAAAUGCUCCAGUCAAUCCACCUCAGCCUGUCAAUCCAGCAGAAGAAGUGCCGCCGCCCCCUGAAAACCCAGUAGAACCUGGAGAAGGACAACCACGACCGGACAGUAACACAAAUGCUGAUGAUAAUAAUAUGAACAAUGAUCAUGAGGGACAAAAUUCUGAGAAUAGCAAUAACGACCGUGAACAACAACAACAACAGGAACCCCAGGAACCCCUACCAAGUGUCCUAGAAACUGCCUGGAAUUUUGUUUCAUCUUUUUUCACUUCUCUCAUACCACAAGGACCUGCAGAGUUUCCAAACUGAUUUCUAUCUGACUGACUGACUGACUGACUGACUGACUGUUUAUGCUAUAUUGCAGAAUUACAUUGAAAAUGUAUUUACAUAUAUCAGAAAAUAGUAUUUUUUUUUUCUUCAUUUCAAUUUUAUUUGUGGAAAUACCUAAACAGCAUUGAGGUGGGGUUUUGUGUUAGGAUUCUUCAACUUUUGCUGCACCACACAUAUGUAACCAGAACAGAUUCUAUACCUAUCAAAUUAAUGCUUUUAUGUGCGACUUUGUUGCCACAAGCCAAAUGUUUUGUGGUUUCAUGUAUAGUUAUUUUAAUUCCGAAAAAACUACACUACUCUUUAAUAGAAGUACAGAAAUGUGGCGUCAUCCAAACUGUAGUUUGUCAAAAGAAAUUCAAGGCAAUAAUGGCAUGUUGAUAAUUACAUGGAGAAGAGGAGAGAAGAGAAGAGAAAAGGAGAAGAGGAGCGGGGUGUCAUAUUUUGCUAUAUCAUUUUUUUUCACUUUUUUAUUCAACGCUUGUAUAUGUAUAGAAAUAUUAAAUGACUGGCUAAUAAUGUGCUGAGAAUCUCAGAUUCUCGCCAAACAUUAAAGCUAUCCCUGCCUCUUGCGUAAAAAUAAUCAACUGUUGUAUCUGUUGAUAUACUGUAUGACUGCUUGUCGGAUGUGUUCUGCAUCCAAGACUGACUUGAAUAGGAAUCAGAAGACAAAUGAUUUUUUAUGCUAGCAUGGGGUGAAAAGCAUUGUCUUUUCUCUUCUGUGAUCAGUCCCUGCAAUGUUUGGGGGGUUGAUCAUGACUUUGGUCCGUCUUUGCGAAUUUGCGUGCAUGAAAUUAAUGCCCACUUUGGACCAUUUUGUACAAGAUAUUUAGUGACAUGCAUUUUGUACAACUAAGGUUUCAGAGAAACUUUUGCAUUUGUUACAGUAUAGUUGUAAGCCACGGGGUACUGUUAGCACUGUAAUUGUUUUCUGUUAGUCUUUAAAUAGCUGAGUGGAUUCUGAAGACUUGUCGGAAACACCAUGGGACAGCCAGGGUGGUGUUAAAGGUAUCUUUUCAGUGGUGUUUCUGACUUGUAGUAAGCUGGUCAACACAAUUCCCUCAUCAACAAAUAAUACUCUAAUUUACACAGUCUGUUGGCGCUAACCACUCAACAGUCUGGACCUUGUCUAAUAAAUGACUACUUUGCAGAUCAAGUACAACAACAAAAGCUGGGAUUAAUUUUCGCUGAAAAAACUUUUUGGGCGUUUUGUAUGGAAUUUAUUUUCACUGAUUUUUGAUGAGUUUAAUGUGAAAUAUUGGAAAAAAAAGUAUAUUUGCUGGAUUUUUAUUUUCACGGAAUCAUCCUUUCAGCGAAAAUAAAUUCCAAGCGAAAAUAAAGUAUUCUACAAUAUAGUGUGAAGAUGCAUGGCUUCACUAAUAAAAUGUAGUUUUCUUGAUACUAAAUCGGUUGAUCUCGGUGGAACACCAUUGUUAUUUCGGUAACAUUAUUUGUUAUGUUUUCCAUUGUAUUAUGAAACCAAUAAAAAGAAUUUGCUGCGAGGUUAGCCUUAGAGGGUGCCCCUUUAAACCUACUUAGAGUCUAAUGGCCUCUCCUCCACGAUAACAAUG